CAUGAAUAAUAAAAAAUGAAAAAUACUUUUAACGUACAUAAAUAAUUGGAAGAGUAAUUUUUUUCUUUUAGAGUCAGUGCCACUUUAAAGCUCAAGCCCUGCAGAGUGUCCCGCCCUCUUUCUACAUCAACCAAUCCAUAUUCGUUAUUCCGGCGAUGGGGCGAGGAAGCGGGCAAAUCUACUUAAGCCAAUCACGGGCUUUGUCUCUUGAAGUUUUAGACUGCAGCCAAUGGAAAGCAAGGGGCAGAUGCAUGGGCGGGGUUUCCAGAAUCCGACAGCUUCUCACUCUUUCUCUGACACACACACAUAUAUAUAUAUAUAUACACGUAACCACGUGAGCUGUGAGGUAUUGGCGCAGGCGCAGAUCGUCAGCGACGACUUGCGGGCAGAAUAAUGCGCUGGUAGCGCACAUUUGCGCCGAGUCUCUGCCGGUGGCUGCAUAGAGAUGGAUCGGUAGGCGAUAGAGGGAUGGGGUUGCCCUGCACUCAGCACUACACCGGGACGGAAGCAAAGUGCGCCUGACCAGAUGCCCCCCAAAAGACCAACACAUGGAAAGAGGAAUCUGGAGCCUCCUUCAGGGGAGGAAGAGGAGCAGGAGGAAGUGUCCCCUGGAAAAAGGAAACGGGAGACAGAGAAGAAUGCUACACCAUGCAGCAGUAAAGAUUCCAACUGCGGAACAAACAGAGGGGACAAGCAGACAAGCAUAGUGCACUACCUGUAUCGCAGCACUCUGGGGGGCAAUGUCCGAGCAAAGUACCUGCGAACCCCUUUUCUCCGGUCUCUGGCUUCAUAUAUAUUGUAUCGGACCAACAGUCCCUUUGAUCGUAGGGUUACCACUCUGGAGUGGCACCCUACACACCCAAAUACAGUCGCAGUGGGAUCGAAAGGAGGGGACAUCAUCCUGUGGGACUAUGAACAACUCAAUAACACCCUUAUUCCUGGGAUUGGAGCAGGCGGUUGCAUCACCGGAAUGAAGUUCGAUCCGUUUAAUCCUAAUCAGCUGUACACCUCGUCUGUGGCGGGUAGCACGGUGCUACAGGACUUCUCUGGGCGCAAUAUCCAAACGUUCACCAACACUGAAGACUGGGCAAUGUGGUACUGCAGCCUCGACGUCUCUGCUGGAAUGCAGUGUGUGGUCACCGGGGAUAACGUAGGCAACGUGGUGCUCCUGGAGACCUGUGGGAAGGAGAUCUGGAAGCUGAGGCUGCACAAGAAGAAAGUGACGCACGUAGAGUUUAACCCUCGCUGCGAUUGGCUGCUGGCGUCCGCUUCCGUGGAUCAGACCGUGAAGCUGUGGGACCUGAGAAAUAUCAAGGACAAGUCCAGCUGUCUGUACACAUUGCCGCACGCGCGCGGUGUCAACUCUGCUUAUUUUAGCCCCUGGGAUGGGGCAAAGCUUCUCACUACCGAUCAGCACAGUGAGAUCCGUGUUUAUUCUGCAUGUGAUUGGGCCAAACCACAGCACAUAAUACCUCAUCCUCACAGGCAAUUCCAGCACUUGACUGCAAUAAAGGCUUCUUGGCAUCCCCGCUAUGAUUUGAUUGUUGUUGGCCGAUACCCGGACCCGCAGUUUCCAGGACAUACAUCAGAAGAGCUGCGGACGGUAGACGUGUUUGAUGGACAGAAAGGGAACAUUGUGUGCCAGCUGUAUGACCCUUAUGCGUCUGGUAUUGUUUCGCUCAACAAGUUUAAUCCAAUGGGAGAUCUUCUGGCUUCUGGCAUGGGUUUUAACAUCUUGAUCUGGAGCCGGGAGAUUCUGUUGAUGUUGAAGCAGGAGGAGCUGAUGAAGGCUUUGAGAGAAAAGGGACUUUCAGUGGGGAGAUAGGAACUGGAGAAUUCCAGAUUGCCACAUUCCAGCAGUCCCAGGGGGAAGCUGGGGAAUAAAGUCAGUGCCACAGAGAACAACAAGACAUGGACUAUAAAGGACUCUACUAAGGGUGGGAAGCACAAAGAGCCAGGCGAAUACAUUUGGGCUUCAGCACAGAACUGGUUAACAUUUCACACGUGGAGUAUGGCAGCCAGCAAGAGUCAAACGCCUUGGGAUUGUUCAGUUGCCGGAACCCAGCGCCAUAGUGCCUUAUUGCACUGCUUUAUGCGUUUAAAUGCAACGCGUCCCUUUGUUUUCUCUGCUCUGACGAGUACCGUCCAAACAGUGAAUUGACUCCUGCUGCCCCCUGCUGGCUACUAGUGUACAUUGCUCUUUGCUUUCAGGACACGGUCUGUGUUAUCUGUCUUUUGUUUUAUAUGAAAGAAAGGGACGUGGAUCCAUUUUAAAGCAGAAGCGUCCGGAGUUGACCGAUUGGUCAUCACUUGGAUUCUGGGACUGCCAAGCUCGACUGAUGUUGAGAAAUUGUGCUCAGUGACGACCCCCCAUUGUAAAAGCAUCAGGCCAGGCCUUCAGCUGAGCCAGAGGUUCCUCCUAUCAGAGCAGACUCCCGAGGCAGGAUAGAAGAAUUGGUCUCUUGGCCCCUCCCUCAGGAUAUAUAGGCUCCACCUCUGUUCCUGAGUUGUUUUUUCCUGCCUUGGAGGUGGACAGAAAAUAUACUUCUCUCACAUUA